UGAUAAUAUGAGAGAAGUGAGCAUCCGGCAUUAUAAUCAGAACCAUUAGUUUUAAACAUGCACAGAAGAUUCUGCACCCCAAUGGUCCCUGAAAUAAAUAUACCUACUCUACUCAAACCCAAGCCCUCCUCCCAGUCCUCUCUUAAUAAACAAGGCAAAGCAAACCCUCCUCCAGAAGCAAGAAGCAAGAAGCAAUAAGCAAGAAAUGAGCGGAAGGAGCAGUAGGUUCCCAUUUACUGCAGCUCAGUGGCAAGAGCUGGAGCACCAAGCUCUCAUCUUCAAGUACAUGGUCUCCGGCAUCCCAGUCCCUCCCGAUCUGCUCUACACCAUUAAGAGAAGCUCUCUGGAUUCUCCCUUCAUUUCUAGGCUUUUCCCUCAGCACUAUCCAGACGUUGGAUGGAACUAUUUGCAGAUGGGUUCGGGGAGGAAAAUCGACCCGGAGCCUGGAAGGUGCAGAAGAACGGAUGGCAAAAAAUGGAGAUGCUCCAAAGAGGCAUACCCGGAUUCUAAAUACUGCGAGAGACAUAUGCACAGAGGCAAAAACCGUUCAAGAAAGCCUGUGGAAGUUUUGAAAACAACAACAACAACAACACCAACAACACCAGCAACAGCUCUUAACUCAAAUCCAUCCACCCCAGCUAUCUCAUCCAUCACCCAGAACUCCGCCCUCUCUUCUUUACCCUCUGACCCCCAUAACCAUAACCAUUCUUGUUUCAAUACUCAUUCUCCCCACCCUUUUCUCUACCAACAUGGUUCUUCUUCUUCAAGGCCCCCUGGUUCUGCUCUACACCAAAACUCCAAUACCUCCAUGCUUUUCGACAACCCAGAUUACAGAAGAAACAGGUAUGUUUAUGGGCUGAAGGAAGAUGGUGAUGAGCAUCCUUUUCUGUCGGAAGAACAUUCUGGGAACAUGAGAGGCUUCUCUGCUUCAUCACUGGAAGAUUCCUGGCAGCUUACUCCUCUGACAAUGAGUUGCUCUUCCUCAUCCUCCAGACACAAGAACUGCUCUGCUUUACAAGGGGACUACUCUUCUUACUUGCAGCUGCAGAGUUUUGGCGAUUCCCCAAAGCAACUCAAGCAAGAGGAGCAUUACUAUGAGAUGCAGAAUAAGAUGGGAAGAGAGGAACCCCAGAAGAUUAUGCAUCACUUCUUUGACGAAUGGUCUCCGAAAGAUAGAGAAUCGUGGCUUGAUUUGGAUGAUAAGUCGUCCAAUACUGGCUCAGUUUCUGCAACCCGGCUUUCGAUGUCUAUUUCAAACAACUCAUUGCAACAUGACUUCUCCUCCAUCUUCAAUUCCAAUAAGCAUAAUGAAAACUGAAUUGGGGUUUUGAGAUCUUGGUUUCUGCAUUUAGCAUUUGCUUUGUAUUUAGGAUCCAUGACCCAGGUGUUGCCCAAAUGCAUUACAAAUAAGUUGGUUUGCUUGAUUUUAGUUUAUUUGACGACCCCCCACCCAGGUGGGGUUUGUGACUUGUGAGUGAUGUCCAAAAAUGUACUUAAGCGAGAAAAAUGAAAUGCAACUGUUUGCAUGAGGUGGGACUGGGAGGGUAAGUGGAUUUGUUUGCAUGUGUGUGUGAAGACUGAAGAGAACAGGAACAGUGAACUGCGUGGUUGGGUUCCAUCUAUAAAAAAGGAUCCAAAGUGUGUUUUGAAUGC